AUGGAUGAAUUGAAGAAGUUGUUGAUAUUCUGCUUUCUUAGCGGGUUGUCUCAGGGUAGGUUGGCAAAAUGGGGAUAGAAUUCCCUUGUCUUGUAAUGAUCCAAAGUUGAAAUUUUCAGUCUCAACAUCUUGCACGUGUGAUGGCACAACGCUAACGGUGAAUGGAGAACAAACUUGUUUCGAAGUUGUUAACGGAUCAGGCGGAUCCUGGGCGGCGGCCGACAAAAAGUGCUCCAGUUUGGGCGGAUUUUUGGCACAUAUCCAAGAGAAAAAUUUGUUGACCAACCUCACGAGUCUGAUCUCGCAGGUGAGCCGAUAAUAAUGGUUUACAGCACUUUUUUCUUUGCAAGUCAUCCUUUUUUGCAAUCUAGAAUUGUUAGAAAUUGAUUGUUUUCCCUAGCCUCAAACUCAUUUUUGCCCUUCUUUACUCUGUCCUGUUUUUGUAAACUUUCUUCCCAUAAGACUGGUCUAAAUUUGCGCAGAGUUCAACUCCACUGAUGGUUGGUCAGUUAGUGGGAAAUGUGGAGUAUGAGAUGAUCGCGUAUAUGUGCCCUCACAAUUCGUACAAAUCUCUGGUAACCAAGUCGACUAUUGAGGAUACAAUUGUUGGGGUAGGUGGACGUUGUGUAAUAUUUAAUUAAAGAUCAAAUGGAUUUUCAAUCAGAUGUACAAUAUCUUUAGGACGCUUCGACCAAUGAUUCCUGUUUAUUCAUCCAAUCUAGCGACCACAAAUUACAUUAUGGUAGUUGUACACAGACAGCUAAUGUUUUAUGUCAAAUCCGUAGGUCAUUUAUUUAUUAAUUUUCCAUAAAAAUAUAUACAUAUUUUUUAUUCCAUAGUAUUUUUGCCGUAAAAACCAAGCGUUCACUUUGGGUGCAGCCUAGACUAUAACCUCUGAACUUUCAAAAUCCUUUUUCUUUUGUGUUCACUCCAAAAUUUGGAGACACCUUUUUCCCCAGACCUCUUCCCUUUUCAACCCCUUAUUUUGUAGCCAUGGAAACGACGGAUUAUUGUGGAAUAAUGUGCGGAGGAGUCACCGCCUCUUCGACAACUUCCAACGGGGUUACUGUAGCUGCAAGUACAAUGCCAAAUGAAUGCGGUUGUAAUGGAGUAACGACCGAGGUGGACGGGGACAAGACUUGUUUCGAGAUUGCCGAUCAUAGUGGAGGGAAUUGGAGGAAUGCGGAUCAGAAAUGUGCGGAUAAGAAUGGAUUUGUGGCCCACAUUAUGGACGAGAGAAUGCUGACAACACUGAAGAACUAUGUCAAAUCGGUACAAUAAAUGUGACGCAUAGAUGACAGAGCUGUGAACGUCGUACUAACAAGAUUAUGUCCUGUUAUUUUUUUAACCUUUUACUCGUUUCUUCAUUCUUUUCUACUGUUUAUUACUUUUGUGUCUGUUUUGUCUACUAUGGCUUUCUUUUUUUUAUUCUAUUGUUCUGCUUACAGAAUUAUAAGCGUCCAAUUAUGGUGGGGCAUAUUGUUGGGAACGCUGAAUACAGCCUUAUCGCUUACAUGUGUCCCAACAAUUCAUACAAAGAUUUGAUGGACAAUUCAGUCAUCGAUCAGACCAUUAAUGGGGUAAGUAAGAUACGUGCCAUUUUGAAUGCGGUCUUUUAAAUCCACAACGUCUUUUACAGAACUCAACGGACAACGCGACUUGUCUUUUCAUUGAGAACAGCGAUUACAAGUUGCAUUAUGGAACGUGCACAAUGACCGCUGAUGUCCUCUGUGAAAUCCGUAAGAUGGCUUUCGUAUUUUUCAAUCAAAACUAAGAUUUACUAAACUUUAUGACGUCGAAUUUUAGCACUAGAAAGUGACAGUCGCUGUGGAGUAAUGAGAUCUUGUUCUUCAACUUCUUCCAUCUCUUCAAAAACAACUGUUUCCACAAAAUCUGCUAGUUCCAGUAAAACUUCGAGUAAUCCGCUGUCUCUCAACAAUGCAAAUUCAAAUUCAUCCGGGUUAACAAAGACUACAAGCAAAUCAAAUUCGUCUAAUUCCUCAUCCAACAAACAGAAUUCAACUUCUACGAAUAGCAAUGGCACCUCACCAACAGUGUCAACCAAUGCGAACGGUAGCUCGACAAAUAAUAAUAACAGCUCGUCAACGAAUAACAACAGUCUGAGUUCGAGUUCUCAAGGAAACUCAAAUCCUACGAACAGCUCAUCGACUCUCACGAACAGUAAUAGCAACUCGUCCAACAGUUCCAACGCCGCAGGAUCAUCUCCAAAUUCCAACUCAAAUAACUCAGCAUCUAACAACAAUAGUAAUGGGAAUGGAGGAGUUAAUAAUGGUCGAGGAAACAGUUCGAAUCCUCUUAUCUUAGCGGAUUAUGACCAAGACAAUGGAGAGGGAACAUUUGAUAAGGAAGAAACAAUUCCGCCGACUGGGAAGCCAGGAGGAAAUAGUAAAAAUCCGUUUGGGUCAAAUGCAAUUAGUCAAGGUAGGUGAAACACAUCUUCCUAACAGUUUGAAUCAUCCGAGAUUUUCUCUAAAAUUGCCUUUAGAUCCCCUUAACAGCACGGCCACUACAACUUUCAAUACAAACAGCUUCCACAAUGCUUCGUCUUCUCAAGUCACCGGACUCUCAACUCUGCGUACUCGCGGAACAACUCGCUCAGUCAGCAAUGCAAGCCCGACGGCCGAAGACAUCCUUAAUAUGGCCAAUGACUACAAUUACCCUUACGGAAAUGACUCUAUGAUGGAUCCUCUUUAUAACGACACCUUUUUGCUUUACUUUGAUCCAAACGGCAAUGACGGUCGUGGGGAAUGUUAUGGCCGAGCUUAUAGCCGAGUUGGCCGAUGGUGUGUGGCCUGGUGGGUAUGGUUGUUGAUCGUCUUGUUGGCGGUGGCAGUACUGAUUUUAUUCUUUGGAAUUUUGUUCUUCUUUUGUGGAUUCAGUGGACUCAGAAGGUAGGAGAAAGCGGAGAUAUUUACAACGUAAUCAAAUGAUCUUCAGGGAUCACACAAAUAUUGUUUACAUUGACCAACCUCCUCGAACUGUCUUUAUCGACAAGCCGAGACCGACAGUCACUACAGGCAAGCUUUUUCAAAUUACUUCUAUACACAGUGAGAUAAUGGUUUAAUGACAUUGUUUUAGCCUUUUUUUCGUUGCAUUCUUAAAAAAUCUUUGUUUUAAUCAAAAUUUAACUUCAAUUUUGUGUCAUUAUAACAUCAUCUCACUGUGUGAUUUUUUUGCCCUGGGGCCUCCAGAAAACACCUGUAAAUGAAGCUUCAUCUUCAUGUCAGGUCAUUUUCUGGAGACCCCAGCCACUUUUCUAACUUUUUUUUGGUUUAGUGGUGGAGCAACUCGAGAUUGUUCAAAUUGGUCGUAAGUCGACAUUACUCACAUUCAAAUUUUUCACAUCUAAAUGCGCCCUUUUCAAUCUAUGAUUUCAGGAGGUCCUCCAACAAUUCUUUAUGACAUUGCGGUUAGUGAAACAAUAGCCCCUGGUUACAUUGUCCCACCAAAGCCAUAUUAUCCGACAAGUCCGAUGAUGUUGUUAGGACCUGAUGAUCCUUAUACGAACCGAUCAAUGUCCUUGGGGAUGAUUGAAGGUGAGGACUUGCGUUUAUGAUAUAGAGAUUGAUAUCGUCCUUACCAAUAUCAAACUUUUUAGAAAUACGAACGGAUUCGCCUUCAAAUCAAAUCACACACGAAAAUUUGGCUGGCUCCAAACUUGAUCUUCCGGGACAGUAAGUUAUCUCGAAAACCAGUUUUCAACUUCUUAUCUUGUAAAGUAUUACAUGACUUUUACAGUUCGAGCCCCUAUGACGAUCGUCUUCCAACCGGAGCCACUUCCGUGAUUCCUCCACCGAUCGUUCAACCAGAAUCGGGGAAUGUCCCGUCCAUGUCGGAUGGCCUGAGGGAUAUUGAUUACAACCAUCCAGCCACCAACGUCCCUCUAAAGACCUUUGAUGAGGCGCGACGUUCAGCUCCAGGUAGAUCUCCUACCCCAAGUGAUGAAGAUUUUAGCGAUGGAAUAA